AUGUCCACCUCCACCUUCUUCGUCUGCGGUGCUACCGGCACCCAGGGCGGCGCCGUGAUCAACCACCUUCUCAAAGCCGGCGCCAAAGUCCACGCCAUAGCCCGCAACCCAGAUACCCCAGCGGCCCAAAGUCUUCAAUCCCGCGGGGUACACCUCACGCAAGGCGACUUCACCGACCUAGACACCUUCAAACAAAGCAUGAGGGGCUGCACCGCGCUCUUCCUCAACCUCAUGCCCGACCUACGCGUCCCAAACAGCGAAGUCCACCAGGCCGAGAACAUCCUCUCCGCCGCCAAAGAAGCAGGCAUCAAACACGUCAUCUACUCUAGCGGGUUCUCCGUCGACGAACCCCAACGACGAAAGCACUGGGACCCGAACAGUUUCGUGGCGAAGGUUCUCCUCAACAAACAAACGGUCGAGAAUAGAGUGAAAACGGCUGGAUUCGAGUACUGGACGAUCUUGCGACCGGGAAACUUCAUGUCGAAUUACCUGCAACCCCUUGUCCGCAUGUAUCCUGGCUUUGUUGAGACCGGCGUCUGGACUACGGCUCUGCUGCCUGAGACGAAGCUCCCCAUGGUGGAUCCCAAUGAUAUCGGAGCCUUUGGAGCAGCAGCACUGCUCGACCCUGCCAGGUUUCAUGAGAAGGAGAUCGAGAUUGCCUCCGAGCUUAGGCAUGUGGAGGAUUUAACGCAGGCAUUGGCGCGUGCGACCGGGAGGGAUCUCAAGGUGGUAUUCAUGUCGCAGGAGGAGAUUGAAAAGCAGGCUGCGCUGAACCCGUUCAUUGGGGGCCAGCUGUUGAUGCGCGACAUGGCGGAGAUUGUAGACAUGGAGGAGGUGAGAACGUGGAAGUUGCCUUUGGGAACGUUUGAGGAGUUUUUGGAAAGGGAGAAGGAGGCAAUCAAAGCGACUUGGUCUGUUUAG